AUGUGGCUUGAUCACUUGUUGACCUUUUUCCUUCUUCAUGUGAGCGACGUCGCCGCCAGCAUCGGGUCAGGAAAAUUGAAGACGGACCUCUGCAACAGUCCGAUUUACUGUCACAGUUUGCUGUUAAAAACUGUACAGCUUGCGAAUAUAUUCCCGGAUAGCAAAACUUUCGUAGACAUGUAUCUGCUCAAUGCUCCGAACAAAACAUUGGAGAGUUUCGACGAGUUGAUGUCGGCAACAGGUGGUAAGCCGAAUAAAAUCCAAGUGGCCCUCUUCGUUAGUGAGAACUUUGCCAAGAAAAAUGAACUGAUUCCGUGGGUACCGCCGGACUGGAAGAGCAGACCCAGUAUCUUGGAGAAAAUCAGGGAUGAGGUGGUGAGGGAGUGGAUCCUCAAGCUCAAUUUCAUCUGGAGGAAUCUGUCGAGGAUUGUACAUCCGGAUGUCAUCAAAUAUCCAGAAAGACACAGUCUCAUUCCCGUUAAUAAUGGAUUCAUCGUACCCGGUGGACGUUUCAGGGAAUUUUAUUACUGGGACACGUAUUGGGUUGUCGAGGGUCUCCUUCUUUCUGGCAUGGAAAAAACAGCGAAAGGAAUGCUUGAGAAUUUGUUGUCAAUGGUGGAGGCGUACGGUUUCGUCCCCAACGGAGGAAGGAUUUAUUAUUUGAUGAGAAGCCAGCCCCCACUGCUCAUUCCCAUGGUGAAAAAAUACGUCGACUCGACUAACGAUACAACAUUUAUAUCCAAAAACUUGCCACUUCUGGAGAGAGAAUUUAAAUAUUUUCAUAACGAAAAGAGUGUGAGUGUUAUUAAAGGGCGUAAAAUUUAUAGAAUGGCCCAUUACGUCGUUACCAGCGAGGGACCUAGACCUGAGAGUUACUGGGAGGACUACGAGGAGGCGCAAAAGCACGUUAAACACGUCGACGAGGAGAGAUUUUAUGCUGAAAUAAAGGCGGGGGCUGAGAGUGGAUGGGAUUUUUCUGCACGUUGGUUCAUUUCAGAGGGAUCGGCAUUUGGAAAUCUCUCUGAUAUAUCCACCCGAAAUAUUGUUCCCGUCGAUCUCAAUGCGUUUCUACAGCGAAACGCGAGAAUUCUCGCUGAUUUUCACAGAAUGGAAGGAAAUUCCCCGCGGGUAAAAUUUUAUGAAGACAUCGCCAGGACGUAUCAGCGCGGUAUUGAUCACGUACUGUGGAAUGAGGAUGAAGGUAUUUGGUUGGAUUACGACAUGAAAAAUGCACGACCGAGAGAUAUCUUCUAUCCGACCAAUUUGACGCCUUUAUACACCGAGAGCUUUAAUAGAACUCACCGAGAAAUUUAUGCAAAAAGGGCAGUGGAAUAUCUGAGGCGCCAGCGGAUUGGGGAAUUUAUGGGGGGUACACCAGCAUCGCUGGAUGAAACGGGACAACAGUGGGAUGCACCCAAUGCUUGGCCACCUCUUCAAUCCAUUAUAGUCCAGGGCCUCAGGAACACCCGAGUUCAUUCCGCUAUGAGUGUUGCUAAGGAGCUUGCGACCAGGUGGCUCAGAGCAAUGUACAUCGGCUUUCAUAAAUAUGGCCACAUGUUUGAAAAGUAUGAUGCGAGGGAACCGGGAAAAUUUGGAGCUGGAGGGGAAUACACAUGCCAACAGGGCUUCGGAUGGACCAACGGAGUGGUUUUUGAAUUUAUCGAUAAUUAUCCCAAUGUCACUGCCAAUGAGCUGCUCUGCAAUUCCUGCACGACUGACUUCUGAUCAAUUCCAAUGUGCACUCGUUUUCAAAUAAAAUAACAAUCCGCUGUAUUUAAUAUUUAAUUGUAAUUAGCUUCAUGUGAUUAACUGAUUCAUUCAGAGGUAUUUAUUCCUGUAUUUACAAUGAUUUCGUAAAUAUUAAAUGACGCAUUUAAUGA